CUGGAAACUGGUGACCUUGGGGAACGCAAGUAUUUGGUUACAUCCGUUACCUCAUGGAAUCCCGAGUCAGGAAGACGUGCUAUGAGCUUAAGGAUCAUGGAGUUCUCCAUCACCCUGGAACAGAAGAACGUUGGAAUUUAAGUGUUUUUAGAAAAAAUUUUCACGUUGAAAUUAUUCGUCAUGGUGAAGAUUCUGACACAAUGGAAUUCGAUAUGAUUAAUUUGGAUUGCUCCUUCGCCAAUGCAGUCCGGCGGAUUUUAGUCUCUGAAGUUCCUUCCCUCGCAAUAGAAAGGGUCUACGUUUCUCAAAACACAAGCAUUAUGCCGGAUGAGGUUAUGUGCCAUCGCCUCGGCUUAAUCCCACUCUCUGUUAAUCCAAAAUAUUUUCUGUUCCCCACAAGAAAACCCCCGGCUUCUGAUGACAUUUCCGGAUUCGACCCUAAAGAACACCUGGUAUAUGAUAUUCGCGUGGGCUUUACACAUGCUAAUAAAGAUUCGCAGAAUAAACUUGAAAACGAUAAGGAUGAUACUAUACCUGUGCCUCAGUAUUUACCAGUGUAUAGUUCGGAUCUCAAGUGGGUACCACUAGCUGGUCAAGAGGAUCACUUUAAUGUCAAUAAUCCUCCUAUACCAGUAUCUCCAACAAUACUUAUCAAUAAAUUGGCACUUGGAGACGAAAUUGAAGCUCGAUGUGUUGCAGUGAAAGGAAUUGGUCGAGAUCAUGCUAAAUUUUCACCAGUUGCAGCAGCUUACUAUAAAUUUCAUCCUAUUAUUAAACUUCUUCGUACAGUUGAAGGAGAACAGGCAGUUAAAUUACAAAAAAGUUUCGCGUCUGGUGUGAUUGGAAUAAAUUCAAGAACUGGUCAUGCCUUUGUCGACAAUGCUCGUUUAGAUAAUGGUUCUCGGGAGCAUAUGCGCCAUCCUGAAUUCCGCGAUGUUAUUUUCGUCGGAAUGGAUUCAUCACAUUGUAUUUUCACUGUUGAAACCAUAGCGCCUGGUAGCCGACCUCCAUCAUCAUUAGUCCGUUGUGCUUUAGGUGUUAUGAUUAGUAAAUGUUCACAUUAUAUGGCUGUUACAGAAACACCUGGUUUUGGAGAGCACGUUGAAGAGUGUAAACCACUCAUUGAUAUAUCUAAAGAUAACACUGAAAGUCAUACAACUGAAAGAAAUGUACUAAUCCCAAAAGGUAAUCGUAGUUAUUUGAAUGGACGUGAAGUUGGACUUGAAGUAGCACAUAUUUCACAUGAUAAAUUACGUGCAACAUUCACAUUUUUUGGAGAAGAUCAUACAUUAGGUUUAGCGCUUAGAUAUUGUAUUUUACGUGAUUUCAGUUAUAUACUUACUUACUGCAUAGUUUAUAAUACAUUUUCACUCCUAUUUUUCAUCCCAGUGAAUUAGUUCGAUUUUGUGGUUAUUGUGUACCUCAUCCAUUAGAGGAUAUGAUCAAUUUUGAUAUUCAAAUGAAAAAUGGUUCAGCUAUCGAUGCACUACGAAAUGGUCUCCAAUGUUUACGAGAUUGUUUUCCAGCAUAUGAAGCAAACAUUAUAUCAGCAAUGAAAAUAUCAAAAAGUAGUAGAAAAUAAUGAUUAUGAUAAUAAUAGUAAUAAUCAUGAACUUGUUUCUCUUCUCAAUUGUAUAUUUUCGUUUGAAUUUUAUCGAACUGCUUGUGUUGUUUGCCAUGCUGUUGUAACAAAAAGAAACUGUAUAAAAGAAAAAACAAAUUCGAAAAUUGAGAAAUAUAGAAUUUUUUAACAAUGAUAA